AAACUGUAAUCCAACCUCCUUUUGCCCUUUAGCACCCCAAAUUGAAACCCCCGACAAAACCCUAGACGCACGAACCCCCCGCAAUAGUAGAGUUAUCUCAUACGAGAUUCUUUCACCCAACGUUUCAAGGUUGCAGUCGAAAACCUUGAAGCGCGAAAUCUUCACGAGGUCUCAAUGGAUUUUGACGAAUACGAGUACUUAGAGAAAACCGUGGAAGAAGAAGAUCCGAAGAAGAAGAGGAAAGACGGGGGAGGAUCCACGGAGAAGAGCGAGAGAAGCUACAGGAAGAGGGAUGGAGAGAGGGAGGAGGAGGAUGAAGAAGGUAGGAGCGGCAAGAAAUCCAGAGGCCGUGAAGAGGACGAGGACGAUAGGCGAGAUCGUGAUAAGGAUCGACGCAGGAGCAGCCGUGAUAGAGAUAGAGAUAGAGAAAGAGAGAAGGACAAGGACUCGGAGAGGAGGAGCAGUAGAGAGACGGAGAAGGAUAAGGAAAGGGAGAGGGAGAGAGAUAGGAGGGAUAGGGAAAGAGAGAGGGAGAAAGAAAGGGAGAGGGAGAGGAAAGAGAGGGAGAAGGAGAGAGAGAGGAGGGAAAAGGAGAGAGAGCUGGAGAGGAGGGAGAGAAGUAGCAGUCGGUCAAGGAAGCAUGAGAGUGAACGAGAGAGGGAAAGGGAACUCGAUGGCAGAGACAGCAGGAGAUUGAAAGAGAAGAAAGAAGCAGUGGAGCCUGAAGCUGAUCCAGAAAGGGACCAGAGAACUGUUUUUGCUUAUCAGAUGCCUCUAAAGGCAACAGAGAGAGAUGUCUACGAAUUCUUCUCAAGGGCUGGCAAGGUUAGUUGGAUUUCUCAUGCCAUGUCAUGUAGACUAAUAACACAUAAGACUAGUUCUGGUAUGAAGCUUCUGCUGAGAUUGUUCCCUUACAAUGAUGUAUAUGCUCCUCUGCCUUCAGUAACGGGUGAGAGAUGUUCGUCUGAUCAUGGAUAGGAAUUCAAGACGUUCAAAAGGAGUUGGGUAUGUCAAUUUAUGCUUCUUGUAGUUAUUCUUUUUUGGUAGUCCUGUCAAAUAACAAGUAUGUUUUAAAGGAUCAAGUUUAACUGUAUUCUUAAAUGCACUAGCAAUGCGAUAAUGAUGAGGGAUGAUGGAAUAGCACUCAUGUUUAAUCAAUUCAUGCUGCGUACUCAAGGUAGAUGACAUAAACCUGAUUUUUUCCAUUUCCCCACCUUUCAUCUGCUUUGGCAUGGGCACCUUGUUCCAACUCUUCCUUUUGCUUCUGCUGUGAACUUAAAGUUCCUGAAGGUUUAUGAAACAAUUUUGGUUUUGGUGUUCAACAUCCAAAAAGCUUUUUUUUUUUAUUUAUAAUUGUACUCUUCUUGUUCUCCAACUUCUAUUCUAUGGAAGAUUUGGAAGAUCUUCUAGCUUAGGGUCUGCCAGCUUUCAGUUUUAGGGGUGCAAUUUUGAUAAUUUGUCUAUACCUUUGUGCUUUAAGAUUUUAAACGGUGCCCUUUUAUUGCUAAACAUGAUAUUUUCAACCAGAACAAGACUGGUGACUAUACAUUUUUCUCCUAAUCCCUGUUUUGUUGCUUGAGCACCUUAAUGUACUUAUAUUUAUUUGCCUUUUAAUCUUGAUAUGAUGAUCUAACAUUUUCUAUUACAUUAGGCAUCAGAUUCAAC